AUGGCGAUCGAGGGUUGUUGCAGCAGGCGCUAGCGAUCGCGUGAUGGUGACCAGGUCAUGAAGAUCAGGACGGGCGUGCGUACGCGCCGGGUGACCGAGCAGCCCGUGAUCGCUACGUCUUGGGCAGCUACAAAAUCGGCCGCAUCGUUGGUUUGUUAGCGGGCAGCACGGAUGGAUAUGGAUGUGCAUGUAGUGGUUAGUUGUGGAUGCAUGCAGAUCGCUUGGAGUUGGUUAGCGAGCUGGUGUGCCUCUGGCUAUUUAAGCCAUGUAAUCCAGUCCAUUGUUGUACGGUGUGGUGCCGACCGAGUUUGGGCUCGAAAGGAAAAAGACCGCCGUUCGUCGGUGUGGCGCCGUUCGUGCGGCGGGGGCGUUUGUCGCCGGAAAAUCUAGUGUCCCCCUCUUUCUUCCACCUCUGUAUGUCCGAGUGUGUGUAAGAGAGAGGUUCGUCCGGCGUUCGUGUCGCCGGAGGCUACUCGGCGUUCAUCGCCGGAGUCCCCUAAAAAGACAAAUCAAUGAUUUUCCAAUCUAAGGUCGGUCGUUGCCUUGUUCCGUUGGGGCUCCAUAAGGAUGAGUUUGCAGAUCCAUAGUCCUACGUAGAAGGCACGCGGAGAAACCAGACGAUAGGCCUGGUUAGCAAUCUCUUACCAUGAAAUAUAGAAGGCACGCGGAGAAGCUUACAUAAGGCGUCGUUUCUUUUGGCGAUCGACACCUACCGCCCUAGCUCAAUCCCGAAACCCCCGCUCCCGGAUUCCAUGUCGUCCUCGCCGCCAGCGCCCGGUAUGGAGGACAUGGACGUGGAGGUGGAGACGGUGCACGGAGAGGCGCCCCGUCCACUACCCACCGCGGAGACCGGCACCGGGGCUGUCGUUGGAAGUCCAGCGGCGAACCACACCGAGACAGCGCCGUCUACCCACGACCACGAGGAGGAACGUGAUGACGGCGUCGAUUACUCCAACAGUACACAGAGCGCAGAGCUUGCGGCUGCAGUAGAUGCUUUGCGGCGCGAGGUUGUCAACGUCGAGGAGAAGCCGUCGGCGGGGAACACAUGUUCAGUCUGUAUGGAGCCCUGGACCUGCGAAGGUCUUCAUCGCAUCUGUUGCAUUCCUUGUGGACAUGUGUACGGCAGAUCUUGUCUGGAGAAGUGGCUGCAAGAAAACGCUAAGUGCCCUCAAUGUAAGCUGCAGUUUGAGGACAAGCUUAUUAUCAACCUAUAUAUGCCAGCAAAUUUUGGGGACGGUUGCGGCACCGUGCAGGAAGUUAAAGUUUAUGUUAGUAAGGCGAUGGCUGCGGUGGCUGUUGGAGCUGAGCCCUUGCCCUAG